UCCGACUACCAGACCCGAUGCAUGGCCGAUUCAACGGCCCAAUCCCAAACCACUCCCUCGACCCUACCCCUCCGUGACGGAGUGAACUCCGUCUGUAGGCACACUCACAGCUGAAUGAAGUUCUCUCCAUUAAGGGUUAAGGGUAUAAAUACAGCGGCAAGCUUUGGGACGGCCUUCCCUCUCUCCGCAGGAAACGGAAACGGACGUCAUGGUGUCCAACUCACAUCUCCAUCUGUCGGCUGCAUUGACCUGCGUUGCUAUCCGUCGCCUGUUAGCGGGUGCAAGCAAGAUCCAACAGAAGGCGCAGAAGGUUUAGGCGCAUUUUAGCGAUGUGCCAGUGGCAGGGGGGCAAAGGUCUUUACAUGCAGCUCAAUGCCACUGCCCCAAUUCUCGCCGUGUAUGCCAACCCUGAAGCCUGUCUAAAGAAGGACUUUAGAGUUCAGCGAUCUAGUGUGGUGUAUUUAGUGCAGAUGCUUUCCUCCCCAAAGGACCACGGAUGGGGACAAGACAUCGAGGUGCUUGUUCUCCUCUACAGCUUGGCCCAUGGACUAUCACUCUCUGUGGUGGGUUCAGCAUUCGGGAUUCCCAAAUCGACGGUCCACAGGAUCAUCAAACACGUCACCGGGAAGAUAAAGGCCAACCUGAAGACCCUCAUUUCCCUGCCAACCCCAGAUGAGCUGCCAGAGAUUGCAGAUGGCUUCUGUCAGCUUGCAAAUAGUCCUGCAUUUCACCAUGCUGCUGGUGCGAUUGAUGGAUGCCAUAUUCGCAUCAAACCUCCAGGAAACGAGUACCACAAGGAGUACAUCAAUUACAAGCUGUUUCCUUCCAUCCAGAUGCAGGCCAUCUGUGACUCAACUGGGAGAUUCCUGGAUGUCUUCAUCGGCUAUCCAGGCUCCGUUCAUGAUGCCAGAGUACUGCGAAACAGCCCCAUCUUCUGCCAGGCACUGUUUCCCCCAGCUGGUUGGUUCCUCCUUGGGGACGGUGGUUAUCCCUGCCUGGAAAAACCAGUGGGAUUACUCACACCCUACAAGGUCCCUCGCGGCCAGGUGCAGGCCAGAUUCAACAGGCAUCAUGCCAGGGCUCGGUCUGUGGUGGAAAGAGCAUUUGGAAGGAUGAAGGCUCGCUGGAGGGCCACCCUUUUCAAAGCGCUGGAGGUCAGUCCAAGCUUUGCCCCUGACAUCAUUGCAUGUUGUGCAUUUCUGCACAAUCUGUGCAUAGACAUGAACGAUGUCCUUGAGGAUGCUGAAGCCUUCCCCCCUGAAGAUGCGGACCAGAGUCCUCCCCCUGCUGCAGCAUGUGGACAGAAAAGUCCUGGACACCACCUAAGGAACAGGAUUGCUGCACAACUCUCUGCUCCUGUCCAAAUGGCACCACGCCUGAGAGAACACGAUUACAUCUAAUGAACUUUGUUUUUUUUUGGAAAAACGUGGUUGUCUGUUAACUUGUGUUUUUGAAAUGAUGUGCACACAUACCUGAUUUAAUUUUGUUUGUUUUAGUGAGCUCCACUUCUCACUUUAGAGAAAAGAGGUGAAAUAAAAUAAACCUGUGCACCGUUGAUUUCAAA